AUGUCGAAAAGACAGUCCAAUUUACUUUCAUUUUUCACAAAAAAGGCUUCACAUAGUGCAACUAAACAAGCGAGGAUUGAAGCACAAGAAGGCAGAGGAGACAUCACUGAAGCAGGUGUGGGUGAGUGUGAAGCUAACCAGGCUAACCAGGCCACCGGAUCGGGGCAGGAGCCCACAACCAGCCGCGGUGAACAGCCUGAGGAGGCACCUGGGGUUUUGGAUGUGGAGUACAACAACGAGGAGGGUGAAUUAAAUAGGAAUGAGUCAGAUUCUGAACCGUCAAGUGAGGGAUGCCCAACGAUCUGGACAACUGCCCAGUUCAAGGCCAAGCAGACCUUCUAUCCAUGGCUUGUAAUGCAAAAAUCAGGUUUGGGUUGUUCUACAUGCAAGGCUGUUGGGACUUUGGGGCCAGAGAAGACUGGUGGAAUGAAACUGGCUAAAGAAUGGGUGUCGUGUUUAAUAACUUCAUCUGCCAAUGAUAUAACGAAGCAACAACGAGCACUUCGUAAAAAAGUAUUUGAACACGCUAGGACCAGGAGUCACUUGGCAGCAAAAAACAUACUUGAAAAAGCCAAAGAAGACACUAUGGUACAGGCUAUAGUCAGUGCUCAGUCUGAACAAAUAGCCACUACGAGUCGGAUCUUUCGCACUGCAUAUAAAGAGGCUAAACGCAACAGGCCAGCGCAUGGUUUUGAAAGCGAAAUUGAUUGUCAGGAGUUAAACGGACUUGACAUGGGUAGAGUACUACAUUCUAAUGUUGCGUGUGCGAACAUACAAAAACACAUUUCAGAAGAAAUGAAAAGAAAACUCUUUGAUCGUGUCGUGGAAUGUGAGCCCAAACUUAGCCUCUUGCUGGACGAGUCCACAAGUUUAAAUAAGAAAAGCACUCUUAUUAUUUACAUCAGAACACAGCUACCAGAUAUGGACAAACCAAGCAACUUAUUUACCGAACUGGUUGAACUUGAUGAUUUAUCUGCAGAAGGCAUUGUGCGCAACUUAAUAUCCGCACUUGAACGUGUGCACUUGACCAAAGAGUUUUUGUGUAAAACUCUCAUUGGACUUGCAUGUGAUGGCGCGUCUGUUAUGUUGGGACGGAGAAGUGGUGUUGCCAGCAGGCUUCAGGCUCUCUUCCCUCAUAUUACUGUGUGGCACUGCUCGGCCCACAGACUUGAGCUUGCGGUAAAUGACGUUGUGAAAGAGAUGGGGGCAGUCAAUCAUUUUAAAAUGCUGAUGGACAAGCUAUAUUCUCUUUAUAACACGUCUAACAAGAACCGAAUGGAACUGAGAGAGUGUGCAUGCAGUGUAGACGUGCAACUGUGCAAAAUCGGUCGCAUAUUAGACACAAGGUGGGUGGCCUCCAGUUUUAGGACAGUGGAAGCUGUUUGGAACAACUACCCAGCACUUCAUAGACAUUUUAAGGCGGCAUCAGAAGAUCCCUCCCGUGAUAGCAUAACAAAACAAACAUAUAAUGGCCUUGCGCUGCGCUUAAGUUCCCGUGCUUUUGUGAACAAUCUGGUCAGAGUUUUUGAAGCGAUGGCGGAGCGACCAGGUCGCUUUUCUGACUUAAGCAAGAAGGGGAUCGAGAGCAACUCUUUUCAAGGAGUUACACUUACAGAAGGAAAAGCCAGUGAUAAAUCACUAAAUAUGAAGCAGUUUUUUCAAAGUGUGGCCAAAAACUUGGAACAGCGCUUGUUGUCUCAUGGAGGACGCCUGCCCGACAAAAGCGGAUAUGAUCAGUUUAUUGAAAAGCUGAAGGUACUUUAUCCGCAGUACUGGCCCGAAGACACAGAUGUACUCUAUGGGCAGACUGAAGUUGAGUCGCUCUGUCUGCGCUUUAACAUCGACUGUCCCCGCGCAGUAAUCCGUGCCCACAGAGAGUACGUGGAGUCGGGAGGAAAAGAUGUUAGAAAUGAACUGAAAGAACUGUUUACAGCUGUGAACACCAUCCCCACAUCAAGCGCAGAAUGUGAACGGGGAUUUUCCCAGAUGAAUCUGAUUUGCACCCCAAACCGAUCUUCUCUACACACUACCACCAUCUCUGAUCUGCUCUUUCUCAAUAUUGUCGGACCUCCUUUGACCAAGUUCAACCCUGUCCCUUAUGUGAGAUCGUGGGUGGCUAAAGGACACAGGACUGCUACUGAGUCACGGAGCAAGGUGCGAAGCAGGGAGGAGAAUGAGGAGGCGCACUUGGCUGCGGUGUGGGAUAUACUAAACAACUAG